AUGGAAGCUGUCAUUGAGGAGUUACAACUAUCUGGAGACGGGAUACUGCAGAGGCAUGGAGAGGUGUAUGAACUACUUGGUCUUGAUGUGAUAUAUGAUCGAGGAACAUUGAAGAUAUACAGCACCAGGAAAGCCAAGAUAACAUCUACAAGCCCUGGAAUCCACAUUCACACCUCAUACAAAGCACUACGGCGCUUGACCACGCGAGGGCUUGUCAACGAGAACGGCCGUGGAAUGCCACUUGAGAUGAUGGACAUGAUGGGAAACAAGAUUGUGGUUACGUUUUCUGGGCAAGGAAAGACGAAUAGGAUUGCAAUUGUGACAAGCGGGGGAGAUGCGCCAGGAAUGAAUUCGGCGAUCAAGAGCAUAACAAGGACAGGGAUCAAGUGGGGAGCAUCUGUAUAUGGAGUGUAUAACGGAUAUGAUGGACUUAUCAACAAUAACAUCCGCAGGCUAAGCUGGGAUACAGAGACACAUUGCAGUAGUCAGGGAGGGACUGUUCUCCUAUCUGCAAGGUCCCAGAAGUUUAUGGGAAAAGAGGGAAGGAAAGAGGCAGUACUGAACAUGGUACGGAAGAAGAUUAACUGUGUUAUAGUGCUAGGAGGAGAUGGGUCUAUGAAGGGAGCCAUGGUUCUUCGAGACGAGUUUAAGGAUCAUCUAAGAGAUCUCAUAAGGGAAGGAAAGAUUUCUCCCCGCGAUCUGAAGAGGAUACUGAACAGCAAGGCAGAAUCGAAGGACGAAGAAAAAGAGAAAGUCACCACCGAAACAAGCGGGGUUGGAUAUUCGGAUUUCUAUGGAGCUCCUGAAUGUUAUAAGGAGACACCUAUGGUUUACCAUGAUCUUAAUUCGUCCGAUGAUAUGCUAGAGGACUUGCAAAUGGACAAAUGCUCUUGUGAAGAAAUGGACCUGGACGAAAUAGAAAAGUAUGUCUAUGACCUGAAGGUUGUGGGAAUACCGGCAACCAUAGACAACGACAUCUGUGGGGUUCCCAUUUCGUUAGGGGAAGAUACUGCCAUCCACAGAGUUAUUGAAGGAAUCGAUCAUCUAAUGUCUACAAUGAAAUCGCAUACCCGGACGUUUGUCAUUGAGGUUAUGGGGAGGAAGUGUGGAUGGAUAGCUCUUAUGUCUGCAUUGGCGAGUUCUGCAGACUAUGUUUUGCUUCCUGAGGCACCUACCGAGUGGAAAAAGGAAAUGAUUGAGGCACUUACAACAGCAAGAAGGUGCGGGAAGGCAGGGACUUUUGUUAUAGUUUCGGAGGGAGCUGUUGAGAAGGAUGGGACGCCCAUACAUGCAUCCCAAGCUGUGGAAGAAAUUGCCAAGUUUGGAAUGGAUGUCCGGCUCCUCAAGCUAGGGCAUAUUCAGAGGGGUGGGCCGACUUCUGCACAGGAUAGGAUAUAUGGUACUCUCCUCGGGGUCAAGGCUGUGGAGAUAUCGUUGGGGCCUACAAAGGACCCGGUGAUGAUCAGCAUCUUUAGGGACGAGAUCUUUGAGAUUGAAUUAAAAGAGGUUAUAGAAAGAAACAAUCUGGUCAGAGAUUUCCAGGAAAAGAAAUUGUUUGAAGAUGUUCUGAAAAGUAGGUGUAACUUCUUCAGGCUGGCUUAUUCAUACUUUAGAAAGUCUUUGAUGACAGGAAUUCGGAACAUAAGAGAUAAGGGCUGUGACUGUAGCUCCAGGGAGAAGAUCGAAACCGAAUGCAGUUGUGGGCCAGACUGCAGAGGGAAAUAUGAAGAUAGAAAGCCUCGGAUAGGAGUGCUUCAGUUUGGACGGCGAGCAAGUGGGAUGAACACGGUGUUGAAUGCUGUAGUUCAAUAUUCUCUGGUGGCUGGAGCAGAGCCAUAUUACAUACCAAAUGGGUUUGAAGGUCUUGUGAACAAUCAACUUAUAAGGGCUAAGCCCUAUGAAUUCUUUGGAGAUGUCAACAACGGGGGAUCUGCAAUAGGAGUUGGUGGAGACUUGGAGGUGGACAUAAAGCUGAUCCAAAGGAAGGUAGUUGAGUCUGGACUGGACUCACUGAUUAUUAUAGGAGGGAGCAAAGCCUUGAAUACAAUCAAGGAGCUCAAAGGGGUGAACAUUGUCCUCGUGCCUGCAUCAUCUUACAACAACAUUCCUAAAAUAGACAUAAGCAUUGGAGCAGACACAGCCCUCAACACAAUUAUAAAGGUGUCGGACGUGUCAAAGCUAAACUCGUUUGCAUAUAAGAACAAUGUCUUUGUGGUGGAAAUUGGAGGGGAGAACUGCGGAUAUCUAUCGCUAAUGGGAGGAAUAGCUGCAGGUGCAUUUGAAGCUUUUAUCCCAGAGCGAAAGUAUCUCAUAGGACAUCUCUCCGAAGUGGCACAGAGACUCCGUGUGAAGUUCAGGGAAAAGAUAAGAAGAGGAAUUGUGAUAUUCCGAAAUGAAAGAACCUUCCGGUCAAUUCCUACGAGCAGCUUAUGUGAGAUCUUAAAGACCGACAGUGGAGAUCUAUUUGAAACAAACUACUCAAUUCUCGGAGAUGUCCAGCAAGGACUAAAUCCAUCACCAAUAGACAGAAUAAAUGCCACAAUUCUGGGGAUUGAAGCUGUUGACCUAUGUCUUCGCAAAUGCGGAGUUGGGGUUGUUGGAUUCUCAAAGGAUAAGAUUGAAUUCACAGAGAUCUCAGAAGUUUUGAAAGACUUUGACCAUGACCUCGACCGAGUGAAGAAUCCUUAUUGGCUCAAGUACUCCAACAUUUGCAGAUCGGUUGAAUAA